ACAUGAAUUUUGGGUAGACAUGAUUCAUCUCACUCCGUUAAAUUCUACGUUUUGGGCUGCGGUGUGGAUUUUGUUUCUGAAUGGGGAGUUUCAAAAGCUGAAUCUAACUCACAAGAAUCACCUCAGGAAAACCUUGGCAAUCCAUACAUAUAACAUGAAAGACUGCCUGAGAUAGGAGAGGACAGAGAAUGACUCUUCUGACCCACUAUGGAAGGGUAAAAAGUGGCCUAGUCAAGAGGGCUGGUAGCUGGGUGAUCAGAUCACCUCUUGGCUACUAAAUGAGAUAAGCAGUUCUGUUCUGAGAAUUGCUGUCAUAGUCUAUCCUUCUGCCUUCAAGUCAUUAUCCCCUGCCUCCCCCCCCCCCCCCCAUCUUGCUUCUGGCCAUGAACCUCAUGAGAUCAUAGCAACUAGAGCUCUGACUUCCUUGGGGUAGGUAAUUUAUUAACCAGAUGCUGUUGGUGGUACCGGAUGACAGGGAGUAGAAAACUCAACUAGGAUAUGGAAAGCCAAAAGAAUAGAGCAUCAUCCUAUCCAGCACGGGCUGCUACAGACACUCCAGCACACAGAUGGAUGGAUUGGUUUGUGAGUCAGUUUCCUGCAUCCUGUAGAGGCCAAAGGAAGAUCUGCAAGCAGCUGGGGGCUGGGGACCUGACACACAAUGGCCACUUCCUGCAGCCAGGAGAUCUUCACCAAAUCAGGGUGGGGAAAGACCAGGGCCACUUCAUGCUCCGAUGGCACUUUAUACUGGGUGCUUCUGAGACAAUGUCUGUAGCAGAUGUUCUCUUCUUUCACUUUGAACCCGUGUUCAAGUGUUCACAGAAAGGAGCCCUGAACUUGACACAGGAGUUGAACUCUGGGAGGGAAGGGAAGAAAUUGCAUGACCUGAUCAUGAGGACAGUUAUUAGAAAUUCACAUACGCUAAUGUUAAUUUUGUAUCCCCAUCUGAAAAUUUAAAAAAGGCAAGGCCAUAGAAGUGAACACACCAAAAUGUUUAUCCUAACUUUCAUUUAUCAACCAUAGAAGCAAUGACAAUAAUAAAAGUGUUUGCCACUUGGCAGUAUAUGAGCAUUUCACAUAUAGCUGCUCAUUUACGUAAGAUGUCAGCUGUGUGCAAAGUUUCAUAUUGUGUUUACUGUGUACCAAAGCACUGGACAGAAAAGCAACAGGGAAGUCAAAGAACAGUAAGUCAUAAUUAAUGGCACACAGUGAAACUGAAUCGAGUGAUUUCUUUUUUGUACUGCUGAUCACAUGAGGAGCCACAUCUGCUGUGGUGAUGGAAAACGGAAAAUGCUGAGAGAUGAGCUCAAACAAAUGGACUUGCCCUUGGGCUGGGCUGUCCUGGUCUGGAUCCACGAUGACUGCUGAGCUCUGGCUCUCCUCCCUUUUCUAGAGGAUCCUGGGCUGGCCAUGGUGUGAAAUAACGGAGGAGAGUUAGGGAGGUGUCGGUGGCCCUGCCCAGAAAGCUGGGAUUGGGCAGUGGCUUCCUGCAGUAAUGCUGGCUGGCUGCCCCGCUCUGGGCUGUGGUGGUGGUGGCUGUUGAGGAGGUGGGUGGGAGACAGCUGUGCCUAGCACUGCAGCCUACAUCAGCUCACAGAGCACCGUCCCCUCCAUGGAACUUCUGCAGAAUGUUCUGCCUGAAAGCUGUUUCCAACCUAGAUGAGGAGAGUCGGUGGGCAGUGCACUACACUGCUCCAUGGCACCAGCAGGAGAAUGUGUUCCUUCCCACCACGAGACCCCCCUGUGUGGAGGACCUGCACCGCCAAGCCAAGCUCAACCUCAAAUCAGUGUUGAGGGAAUGUGAUAAACUGAGGCGGGAUGGCUGUCGCAGUUCUCAGUACUACUCUCAGGGACCCACCUUUGCAGCCAGUGCCAGCUCUGUGGGCGAUGAGUAUCAGGACGAGGAUGCCGAAAACGAUCAGAAGUGUUCUCUCUCUUCAUCAGAAGAGGAGAGACUUAUUGGCAUCAGGAGACCUAAAACACCAACCUCAGGUGACUUUUCUGACCUUCAUACUCAGACGAACUGGACCAAGUCACUGCCACUGCCAACUCCAGAGGAGAAGAUGCGACAACAAGCCCAAACGGUCCAGACUGAUGUGGUUCCUAUUAACAUAACUGGGGAGACUUUCGAUCGCCAGGCCAGCCUCCGGCGGUCUCUAAUUUACACAGACACUCUGGUAAGACGACCGAAGAAAGUCAAAAGGAGAAAGACUAUUACAGGAGUCCCUGACAACAUACAGAAGGAGCUAGCAUCCGGCACUAGCCAAGAGGAUGUUGGGGGUCACUCACUCUAUACCCCAGACCACUACUCCACAUUAGGAAGGCUAGAUAGCUAUCGGUCCUCCGGGCAGCGCUUGGAAACCAAGGACACGAGCUGUCAGACCGAGGAAGUGAGAGUCGUCCCACCUUCCAUGAGAAGAAUCCGGGCACACAAGGGGCUGGGCAUCUCCGCCCACAUGAGCCACUUCUCGGGCUCCUCUGGCAACAUGUCUGUGCUGAGCGACUCGGCAGGUAUCGUGUGCCCUUCUCGCCUCCACAGUGAUGCUGGCUUCCAUAGUCUUCCUCGCUCUGGAGUCAGGGCGAGCACCCAUUCCCUGGAGGCGAGGCUGGGUGCUGCAGGUCCUGAGGAAGACAUGCACGGUCUUUUUCUCUACCAGAGGGGAAACUCCCUAGGAGAUGAAAACUUUGGACAUUUAGGAGAUGGCUUGAGGACCGGCCCACUUACGAGGCCCAAAUCCCAGGACCUGAGGCACUUGGAGAUGGACGCUGUAACAAGCCCAGCCUGUGUGGUUUCCCCUCAUGCUACCUACUCCACCAGCAUUAUCCCCAAUGCCACCCUCUCGUCCUCCUCAGAGGUUAUCAUUAUUCACCCCGCUCAGAGCGCAGGGCAGCUGGAUAGUAGAACCACCCUCUCCUCCUCAUACUCCAAGAUAAAACCCAGAGAUCACCUCAUGUCCAGGCGUGUUGUGAAAGAUGACUACCAGCCAUCCAGUCAUCGCUGGCAUGAGAGUCGCUCUACCCCCUCACAGGCCUCCGACUCCCCUUCCCACAGUGCCGCGCUGCUGUCCCUCUGCGAUUCGGAGGUCUCUCUACAUGCCCCAGCAAACCAGGAGAACGGGUCCCAAGCCAUGCCCUAUACCUGUAGAAACCACCUGAGCUUCCCAGCACACCCCCACGAUGUGGAUGGCAAGAGCGAAUCUAGUUACUCAGGGGACCGCGGGCAUGACGGCUCUGAGCCCUGGGAGUACCCAGCCUCCAGUAACGGGCGGACCUCCCCCCUGAAGACGCACCCGGCCACUCCGGGCUACUCCACGCCCACAAGUAACAUGAGCAGCUGCAGCCUGGACCAGGCGUCCAUCAAGGAGGAGGCUGGCUCCCCGUAUGCGGAGGAUCACAAUGGCUACUGCGGGGCUCUGCCCAGUGACCCUGGACGCAGGUCCGGGCGCCUGUGCAACAGCCACGAGGGCUUCGCCAACCCCAGGCACAGCGUGGUCAAUGUUUUUGAUGGAAGAGCUCAGAAAAGCCAAGCGGACCGGUCUCAUGAUCUGGAUAAAUCCCUUUCCAGAAACAUCUCUUUGAAGAAAGCAAAGAAGCCCCCCCUGCCACCCUCCCGAACGGACUCCCUCCGCAGGACUCCCAAGAAGAGUGAGCAGUCCAAUGGGCAGGUGCUCAACGAGAGCCUGAUCGCCUCGCUCCAGCACUCGCUGCAGCUGAGCCUCCCAGGCCCUGGCGGCGGCUCGCCCUCGCACUCGCACAGCCCCUGCAGCGACUUCGAGGAGCCCUGGCUGCCUCGCUCCCGGAGCCAGAGCACCGUCAGCGCCAGCAGCAGCAUGACCUCGGCCACCACCCCCAACGUGUACUCCCUGUGUGGAGUCACGCCGUCCCAGAGCGACACCAGCAGCAUCAAGUCAGAGUACACCGACCCCUGGGGUUACUAUAUCGACUACACCAGCAUGCAGGAAGACGUGGGGCACCCAGCAGGAGGAUGCUCCAACAGUGGGGCCCCAACUGGAAAUGGCCCCGCACGCCCCACCCCAGAGGGACCCAGGGCCACGAUGCCCCAAAUGCCUGGUGAUGGCUCAGUCAAACCAAAGAUCACAUCCCCCGAGAAGUCACAGAGAGUCACGUCUCCAUCCAGUGGGUACUCCAGCCAGUCCAAUACCCCCACCGCACUCACCCCCGUGCCUGUGUUCCUGAAGUCAGUGUCACCAGCCAAUGGGAAGGGCAAAGCCAAGCCGAAGGUACCGGAACGGAAGUCCUCUCUGGUCUCCUCGGUGUCCAUGUCCUCCUCGUCCACUUCUCUCUCUUCCAAUACGUCUACGGAAGGAAGUGGCACGGUGAAGAAGCUGGAUGCCGUCAUGGCCUCCCCCCCUGCACCUCCCCCCCUUCCUCCUCUGCCAUCCCCUUACCCUGCCCACAAGUCUCCUGCCCUCCCCCCUCCUCCUCCUCCAGCAGACUGCUUCGAGGGCUCUCCUCUGCCUCAUUCUCCCAUGUUCCCCCCUCCGCCCCCAGAAGCCCUGGCUCCCUUCUGCUCCCCUACUUCCUCCCCUUCCCCCUCAGUUCAGAGCCCCCUUCCAGGCUCCUCAGCCCCCUUGCCAGCAGCACCACCGUUCUUGCCCUCCUCAGAGCCCCCACCUGCCCCACCUCUGGACCCCAAGUUCAUGAAAGACACCAGGGCUUCUUACAAAGCCGGCAGCCAGCUUGAGUCCUCCCGGGAGGCCUCCAGGCCGCCAGCGAGCAAGGAGGAGCCAGGCAGGCCCCCCAUGCCCCUGAUCACCACCGAGGUGCUGCAGACAGUGCAGUUGAGGCCCGUGAGAAAGCACUCAGGCGCCGAGGCAGUGCUGCUGUCUGAACCAAUUGCUCAGGAACAAGGAACCCCGACUGUUCCACAGUAUCACUUAAAGCCAUCUGCCUUCCUGAAAUCCCGAAAUAGCAUAAAUGAAAUGGAGAGUGAAAGCCAGCCUGCCUCCCUGACAAACCUGCUUCCGACGCCUGCCAAGAGCCCGAGUCAGGAUGACCGUGACAGUGCAGCCAAGCGUGGCGGCCCUCUGGGCGGCAGCUACGGGACUCCAGGCCCCGGGCCCGGCACCAGGGAGGCAGAGGCUCCACCAGACCCCAGAACUACCCCACUCCCAGACUCUUCACCCAGCAGAAAGCCACCUCCCAUCUCCAAGAAGCCCAAACUGUUCCUGGUGGUGCCACCUCCGCAGAGAAAUCUCACAGCGGAGCCUGCAGAGAACGGGAGAGAAGCCUUCCACGGGGCACCCAGCCCCGCCAGGGCAGGGGAGAGCUCAGUGCACAGCAAAGAGGCGAAAGAGAGCCCUGCCUUCCUGGCCGGCUCUCCUGCUACUGACCCUGGCAGCUCGGUUCGGGAGGGAGGAGCCGCCGGAGCUGUGUCCCCUGGCAGAGUGGAAGCCAAUGCUCCCAUGGUACAGCCCCAUGCCUCGCCAGGCCCUACACAGGAGGAGCCCCCCGAGAGCAGCGAGGAUGGCAGGGGUGAUGCAGAGAGCUCUCUGUCUCAACAGGGCGAAGAAGCUGGGGUGCUGGAAACCAACUCAGCCAGGGCCUCCGCAGAAGCCUGUGACUGUAAGGAAGAUGGGAGUGAUGAGGUGAUGACCCCCACUAGACCCAGGACCACCGAAGACCUGUUUGCAGCUAUUCACAGAUCCAAAAGGAAGGUGCUGGGCCGGAAAGACUCCGAGGACGAUCACUCCCGAAACCAUUCCCCAUCACCGCCCGUGACGCCCACGGGCGCUGCGCCCAGCCUGGCCUCCCCGAAGCAAGUGGGGUCCAUCCAGAGAAGCAUGCGCAAGAGCAGCACCAGCAGCGACAACUUCAAGGCCCUGCUGCUGAAGAAGGGCAGCCGAUCGGACACCAGCGCCCGCAUGUCGGCCGCCGAGAUGCUCAAGAGCACCGACCCUCGAUUCCAGAGAUCGCGAUCGGAGCCGGCGCCCGACACCCCCGAGAGCCCGUCCAGCAAGACGCGGAGGGCGCAGGAGGAGUGGGCCAAGAACGAAGGACUGAUGCCAAGGAGCCUGUCCUUCUCGGGCCCCAGGUACGGCCGCAGCCGCACGCCGCCCUCGGCGGCCAGCAGCAGGUACAGCAUGCGGAACCGCAUCCAGAGCAGCCCCAUGACCGUCAUCUCCGAGGGCGAAGGGGAAGCCGGGGAGCCCGCGGACCAAAGGGCUCGCCACGCGCUGGACGUGGCCAGGGGAUGCGCCCUGGACGGACUGGCGCGGGAGCAGGUGGACGGGACCCCCGCCCAGAGCAGGGGUCCCUCGGGGCCAUGCCAGGGUGCAGGCAGAGAGGAGAGCUAGGACCCGGAGGCGCCCGUCCCGGGCGAGGCAGGGAUGACCGUGCACCCCCUCUGGGAAGCCAGGCCCCACCUGGCCUGCGCGAGGGACCCCACAGAGCACUGGUGCUGGGGACCCCAGUGCUGUGGGUCACUUAGCACCCACUUGCCACGUGGCGUAAAAGCAAGUAGAAGCUUACACUUCUGAAAGUGCUUCCUGGGGAAGAUUAUUAUUAUUUUUAAUUAAAAAAUGCUGCGUGUGUGUGAGUUUUGAACACUUUAACAACUACGCACACUAACAGUAUGUACAGAAAUAGGGGAGAAGACGUCAGGUAAGCUCGGUAGAGGAUUGGAGUCUCCUGGACUAGGCGGUAGCUGCUUUGGGAGCACAGUUUAUGGACGGGUAGGAGAAGGUAACGUGAGGUCGAGGCUGUACAGCGAUGCGCAGAACGCUGAAGUGCGCACGCGCUGCUGAGGGAGGCGCAGACAAGCUGGGAAGGGCUGGGUGGCCAACUGGUUCAGGUACUUCUUUUUAUUUUUUAUUUUUCCUGGGGGAAAAAGGCUUUGCUUCUUUUUCAGUUAAAAUAAAAUGACAAGAGCCGAAGUUGUUAACGAGGCUGAAAUGGGUGCCUGCUGCCACGCAGCCCGCAAUGGCUUAGCCUGGUAUUGGAAGUGUGGCUGGGCCAGAGGGAGGGACCUCCUCGUGUACAGCACGCUGGGGCUGAAGUGGGCAUGCGCACAGGGCCGGAGCAGCGGGCAGGGGAGGAGGAAGUGCUACACUGCUGGGAUUUGUUUCCUGCUUAUUAAAUAAAACUUUUUCACGAUUAAAUUUGAAAACUUGCACUACAGAACUGUGGGCAAAGGCUUUCCUUUUUAUGAGAGGUGUUUGUUUUUUUUCCUUUCUCCUUAACCAGAGUUUAAACUUCCACAUAGCAAUUUCUUAUCACUUGAAAUGUCAACAUUUGCUAAUUUUUUUGACUAUCCUUUUGGUUACACCAAAGAAAAAAAUAGGGCAUUCCACCACCUCCCCCCCCCGCCCCCCGCCUUGAACUGCCAACAGCAUUAUAUCCUAAUUUAGAAAGGUUUACCAAAAUCCAUGAUGUAUUAUAUCCGAAGAAAAUGCUGGGUAGUUCUUGUUAGUCAAAUAAACUGAUAAAAAUUGGUAGGGCCUGGCAAUUAACUAGCCCUGGGAAGUGAAUUUUUUAGAUUAAAAAUGUUUUUGCAUCAA